UAGCAGCGCAGCGUCGGUCCAGGUCCAGGCAAGCUCCAUGGGGGAAAAAAAACCCGAGAGAGGAGACGAAUAACGGUACACUCCAGUAUUUAUGGAGCCGAUCCCCGCAUAUAACCGCAUCGCAUCUGCGUGUCCUCUCGUGAUGCAUACGUGAAUGAAUGUGUUUGGAGACGGACGCGGUGUACUGCGUGUUGGGGCUGACGAAAACAAGCGGUCCACCAUUGUCUGCGUAGAAAUAAGAAUGGCCUGGAUGUGGAAGAGGAAGUCGUUGAUCGCCACCAGUCUGAUUGUGGCGGUGUCGCUCUUCGUGGUCGUGGUGAACUACUCGGAGAAGCCGUACUUCCUCCUGCAGCCAGUGUUCGGACAGACGUUCAGCAGCCACUGGAUGUUCUCCAAGCAGCCGUACAAGGCCUUCAAGCCUCACCUAGGCUAUGUCAGCAUCCCCAAACAGGAGCCUCUGAAGCUGCACUGCGAGCUCUGCAGCAUUGUGUCCAGCUCUGGUCAGAUGUUGGGCCAGGCUGCCGGCCCACAGAUCGACCGCUCUCCCUGCAUCUGGCGGAUGAACAACGCUCCCACACGGGGCUUUGAACAUGACGUGGGCCAGCGGACCACGCUCAGAGUCGUCUCACACACCAGCGUCCCCCUGCUCCUGCAGAAGCCCCAGUACUUCUUCGGCCAGGGCAACGACACCGUCUACGUUGUGUGGGGGCCACUACGAAACAUGAGGAAGGACGGGAAGGGCAUCGUGUACAACAUGCUGCGACAGGCGGCUGAGAACUACCCUCAUGCACGCAUCUAUGUCACCACAGAGGACAGGAUGAACUACUGCGACAUGAUUUUCAAGAAGGAGACGGGAAAGGACAGGAUCCAGUCCGGCUCCUACCUCAGCACUGGCUGGUUCACACUCAUCCUCGCCAUGGACAUGUGCAAAGAGAUCCAUAUCUACGGCAUGAUAAAUGACACCUACUGCAAGACGGAGGGUUACAGAAAGGUUCCCUACCACUACUACGAGGCGGGCAGCCGGGACGAGUGUGCAGAGUAUCUGCUUCAUGAGAGCGCCCCCUACGGCGGGCACCGCUUCAUCACCGAGAAGUCCGUGUUCUCCAAGUGGGCCAAAACUCACGCCAUCAAGUUCUUCAACCCACUGUGGCAGCUGUCGUGACCCCGGCUGAACGGACAUGGAGAUAUGACACCAUCAUCAUCAUCGUUGUCGUCCUCAGGGGACCAGCUGGAUCUCUACACUGGCAGAAAACGUGUUCCCUGAUGUGUACACACAUCCAUAUUGGCACAAAUUCCAUUUCAUAUCCAUUAAAAAAGGUUGGUUGAUGGCUGCUUGUCAAGUCCUGGAUGGCUAAUAUCCAGGAAGUGCUUGUUUGUUUAUUUUGACAGCCACUCAGACAUACAGAGGUUUGACCAUCAUGGACAGCAGAAAACAUAUCUCCUGCUUCUUGAAAACACUUUUCCUCCUGAGUUUGAGAGCUGAAGAAAGUGCUCAGCACGCUGCUCUUCACUGACUAAUCGAUCCGUUCGCUGCUCUGUGAGUUUAGCAAAGGAUGGCUCGAAGACUUACUUGAAAAAAAAAACGGAGAAAACAACAGGAAGAAGAAACAACCAUCUGUCAACUUUCAGUGACCUCAGCGGCUCACAUGUCUGCAGGCGCUGCACAUCGCAAAGGCUGAAUUAAAAAUGUUUUUCAGGACUGUAGCUGAAAAAGAGCUCAGCUGCCGCAGAGACGAGUCUCGUUGCCAUGGACGCCUGGCGAGCUCGCCUACUCUGUUUCCUCUGCAUGUCUGUCUCCGUCUGACAGGCUGUAAUUAAUCUAUAAGGAGUAUCAUUCAGGCCUUCAUCUCUGACUGAGGGACUAUUGAAAACAGGUUUCAGUUAAGUUUCCCCUUCUAAAAAAGCUUCAACAAAAAAGGCUGAGAAAGAAAAAACAGCAAAAUAAAAACAGAUUUCAGUUCAUAGUAGAAGGUGAGCCACAGUUGUAGAUAUGAAUCAGCUUUUUUUUAAUCAUUAUCCUUGGUUGUUAUGCCGUGUGUAAACUAACACAACUUAAAGAUGUCAGCUUUUUUUUUUUAAAAUUUAAUAAUGCUGUGAAAUUUUAAGAGACAUGUUUUGGCUUUGUCUGGAUAGGUUGCUAAUUUAUUCCGCAGAGAUAGAAGCUCCUAACGCUCUUAAACAAUGUGCCAUUGAAAAUGUGAGCAUCACAGCACAUAGAGCAAUGUGCAAUUAGAAACUCCACACUUACGGAAGGAGUUAAAUCAUUUGUGACCCCGCAGAGGGAGAGAUUUAUGUGUGCAGUGAAACCAUUUGAAGUUAAUUGUAUUCUAUUAUCAUUUUGUGCCUGCAAUAUACUCUGCAGUCCAUUGUAUAGAGACAGAGGGAGAUGCUCUCUCUCACGCUCGCUCAUAUUCUCAUCCAGCUUUGUGCCUCUUUGUGUACAGUAUCACUGUGUGAACACAUCUCCCCAUUUGUCUUUGAAAGCAGCGUGCGUGUCUCCCGGUUCAGGUCAUUACAUUUGAAUGCAUCUGUUCCAGGACAGUGAAGAAUAAUCAGUGAAGUGCUGAGGUGUGUAGGUUGGCUGGUAGCUGUGGAGGGUUGAAACACUCUGGCUGUGACCGUGACUCCUCUUCCCCCCCUUGAGGCUGUGAUUAGUGUCCCGGUCAGAGUCGCGGCCCAGAGGGGAGGACUGGAAGGAUUCAAAGACUUCUAAUUUAGGCGACUUGAUGCACAGGGUCCCUGACGACUGUAAUAAACUGCAGCUGAGCUUCACAAUCUCACUCCGACUGCACAGCACUGUUUACUAUCACACAUAGGCACUCCAUUUUGGGCUCUUUCUCAGUAAGCAGCAUUGAUUUGGCGAUUUACAGGUCAAAAGACAUGUAGGUUAAAGCUGCCUUUUGGAUGUCCUGGCAGGGACGUAGCCACCAUGGAGGACUCUGAAGUCAUGUCCUUUGUAUUUGUUGGUGAGUAUCAGGGUUUUAGCAACUUGGGAUUUUACAUAAUGUAGCGUGGUGAGAAUUAUAAGCCAAUUACAGAAUUAGUAUGUUUGGACUUUUUUAGGCCAAUGAAUAAAUACAGUUUUCAGUAUUUAUCCCCCAGAAUAGCAGUUCAUGGCAGCAUGGAAAAGGCUUUGGAAUAGUAUUUAGAUCUUCAUGUUGGGAAGGGAGGUAUAAUUAAACAGCUGAACAGGACCUUGUGCGCCACUCAGAGCAUAUCUAUAGCCCGCAAUAGGGCCACGACCAAGACCCUUCAUUUGCUUUUCUGUACAGAACCAAGUGAUUUUAGAUUGCAUGCCGGUGUUAUGGAAGUAAAAGAGGUGCGACGGGAGUGAUGUGUAACAGAGCAGCGUCGGCCUCUGGUGUGACAUAACACACGCAUCAGGCAACACUUUCUAAUCUGUGAAAAUGACAUAAUACAUCAUAACAACCAUUUAGUGUUCUUAUUAUACCACAGUUGAUCUCGUCCUGUGCUCAGAGGGUAAGGAGCUCCCGGAAUUGCCUUCCCAAUUUGUGGACAUUCUCACCUACUGUUCUUCUUUGAGUUAGCUGCUAACUGCUUCUAACUGCUUUUAAAUCACCUGGCGGUGGGUCGCAGACAUAGCAUACUGUCGAAACAUCACAGCUGUCCCGUCCUGCCGGCUGUCCCUUUUACACAGACAUUUAUUCAGUUCUGUUAAUAACUCCUCUGCUGGCCUAAAGGUGAGACAACUCUGUCUCUCUGUCCUGGGACAGGAUUGCCUGCACACAGUCUGUCUGUCUGUCUGUUAACAUGGAGAUUUCUGAGCCGGCAGUUAGCAGCUAACAGUACUAACUCAACAAACAGUGCUAACAGACGAAACAGUGCCGACAGAGCUAACUUUGUGACGGGGGAAAUCAGAGAGUGGGCUCUACAUUUUGGCGGCGACACCAUCCCGAUAUUAAAGGUAACCACGUAAAGAGUCCAGUGCAGAGCAGCGGUGAUUAGAUGAACAUGAAUGUGCUGCUAGACAAUCUACCGCUACAAAGAACAAAGAAGCUCAAAAUUACAACACACACACAGAGGGAGCGUGACUUCAUUCUCUGCUCAGAACGCCAUUACUCCACUAUAUCUGUACUUAGCAAAUAUUUUGCUGCUAUAGUAAUGCUCUGAAUGUCGCACACAGCUCCUUUAAUUGAAAAGAUAAUAACAUUACCCUGUUUCUGGUUUUUGGUCAGAGUUAUUUGAGGAUGGCAGGGUGUGUUUAGGGGACUUAUGAUCUCAGUAUUUCUAAAAUUCUGGCUACAGUCCCAUGUCUACGUCACACAUAACUAUUGUUUCAACAACAUUUCAAAUGAUUAUGAAUUAAAGUCUAAAAUUCAAUGCAAACCAGGCCCUAACAAGGCAUAUGCAAAAUAAUAUUAAAAUACAUUUUUUAAACUGAGUUGGAAAAAAUGAUAAAACAUAACAGAGACAUCUAAAAAAAACUAGCCCCUGUCCCCUGCACAAACUCUCAAGACCCCGGGAACCUUAACUCUUCCUUCAGGAAACAGGGUCUACAUUAAGUUCUGGCCACCAAAAAGUCUCUGCUCUGUGGUAGCGCUUACAGAUGGCCCAGGAAAUAUUCGGCUGGAGUUUGCUGUACUGUGAAUGUGCCUCAUUGGUCAAACGCAAGCCUUAGGCAGCUACAACUUAUGUUCAACAUUCAUUAACACAGAAAGCAAGCAAGCAGAGGCACCAGUAUUAAUAUUAGGACUAGCAGUGGAAAAUGUUUCUAAUGUUUAUGCAAAAAAAAAUAUAUAUAUAUGUAGUUGACUUCCUGUCUCUUCUUCAGACACAAAUGUUCUGUUGUUUUCAGGUUUCCUCUCCACCUCACGUUGCACGUCUCUUGCAACAUCCAUUCCAAAUUUGUAUCCGUGCAACUGUAAACUACAGAGAACAACAAAAUGACUCUGUUGUUGUUGUUGCAUCAUGUAUGGAAAUUGCAGUGCCGUCAUUUGCUGAUCCAUUAUCAGUCCAGUUUCAGUCUUCACUGUUCUUCACUUGAAGUGGAAACACAAACAGAAAUGUGCAGUUCAGUUUUUCAUUUUGUCCCUGAGUUUAGUGAUUUGGGUUGGUAAGUGCAUAAAACGAUUUGGUUGAAAAAGGACUAAUUAACCUUUAAAGCUAAUUAAGUUGCUGCUUUAAUUUGUUUUACCAAACUUUUCCCAAGAUCAUGAAUGAACUUUCAUCCACACUGAAGAGAAGUCUUUAAAGUGAAAACAUGACUGUGACUGUCAACUGAUCGUCUCCAUGACAAGUGAGCAAACACCUUCGCCUAAUGAGAUGUGUGUGAUGCAAACAAAGCUAAUACGUGGACUGAAGUGUAAACCCAGACUUUUAGCCGUAUUUUUCCCUGCAAACAACCAAAGCUCUGCUCUCUGUGUUCUUGUGUCUCAGCUGUAUGUUUGGAAACAUUUUUGGCUUGAGGAACAGAGACAGAAAAUCAUCUCUCUCUGUUUCCCAGACCGAGUAAGAUUCCCCAGAACUUACAAUGAAUGACCUACAAUUCAAAACUCAUUGUAAGUCUACCUGGCUGACAAGAGCAUCAGCAAAAUGUAAAAAUGCCCUAUUUUACAUUCCACCUGGUGCCGCUCAGCCUAUAGGCGAUGACCGUAACACAGGCGGGGUCACGGUUCAGAUUUCCUCUGGGAUGACACGUGCUUGAGAGGUACAAAAUAUCCCAGCACUGCGAGCAGCUGUGGAUCAGAGUAUCCACCGCACGAUGUAUGUAAAGCAGAAACGUCUUACUGUAUUAUUUCUCCUGUUCAGGCAGACUGACAGUAAGAUCUGAGCCUCAGGAAGAAAUUAUACUUCUUUCAGUUCCUGUGGGAAAGCAGCUGUUAAUACUGAAUUCAUACAAUACACCAUGCAUGUUACAUGAUUAACGUACAUCUUUUAUACAACUCCACUCAGCCUGUGAUUGUGCAGUCAUCUGGCAGCUCUCCACCAAUCAGUUUUACCUCUGCUGUACAGUAUAUCCACCGUAAAUUGUAAAGCGCUUCGCACCAUGAUGAGAUUUUAAGCUCUGUGUUGUCAUCCCGAGAUUUUCAAGUGUGUUAUGGCACAUUUUUGAUUGAAAUUGUUCACUCACACCCAGAAGAAGAGCACCAUGUUUCUUCUGCUCAUCUUCCAUCCUCCGCUUGUCGAUUUUAUUUUAAUGGUUGCUUUUAUUUUUUUGUUGACGCAGUGGUUUGUGUUCAGCAUUUUUCUCUGCUGUAGGUCGCGUGUUGCCAACAUUUUCUGCUGCUUCAGGCUGUGCUCUCGGUUAUUUUCCGAUCAACACAUACGCCAUUGUUCUCCGCCAGAACACACUGGAAGAAUACCUACAGAUGUAUAAUACAGGAUAUUAUGGAGAAUACGCCCAUAUAUAGGCUCCCAUGAAUCAUCUGCAGCUUACAGGAAGAGUGGAGCCAUGAAUUAAAGUGUGAGCACAGUGGGAGGCCAGAUAUACCAAGAACAUUUGUUUUAACUUUGAAAGAGUAGUUUGACAUUUGGGAAAGCGCUUAUUUGAUGUCUUGCAGUGAGUUAGAUGAGAAGAUUGAUGAUACUACUCUGAUAUUUGUACAGUAAAUAUAAAGCCACAUCCAGCAGGUUAGCUUCGCUGAACAUAAAGACUAAACAGAAGGAAACAGCUGCCCUGGUUCUGUCCAAAGGCAACAAAAUCUAACUACAAGCCCCUCUAAAGUUCACGUUAACAUUUUAUGUCACAUAUUUAAUGCAUAAAAAAGUGUGAAAACAACACGUAGUGGUUUUAAAGAUGGUUUUGUAUGGGACUGUUUUUGGCUCUGAGCUGUCGCCAGGCAACCACCUGAGACUCCAGGAAGUGACCGUGCCUGGCCCAGCCCCCAGGAACGCCACUCAGCCUUGCUUUCAUUUUUUUGCCCAGUGGCUGCUUUUGGUAUUGCAGUGAAAAAAAUCCCUUGUCCAAGAAACAAUUUUACCCAUCAACAGCCAUUAUUAAAGAAAUGUCUGAAACUGGUGACAGGACAUCUAGAACCGCAAAGAAGGUCUGUUGUGACUCUUUCUAUUAGGAAUUGUUGAUCCAUAGAGGUUUCAUAUUUGUAAAGCUUUUCUGUGAUAUCAUCACAAUGUAAAGUCUAAGGGCCUAACACGAACUUGUGGGUGGGGCCAAAGGGAAAAACACUUCUGCACAUAUUCAGUGGGCUGCAUUCCGCAGAAGCAAAACUGGAAUUUGGAAGAAAAAAAUUGCGAGCAGUUCCAUGGGGCUGAAUAAGCGCCAUCUUGGGGUCAGGUAUCCAGAUCUUAUAAUAAAUUUAUGGCCUGGCCAAGAGGGAGUUUGAUGUGUAGAGAGCCAAAGUCUGGGCAAAAGUCUGUAACUUAAUGCAAUCUGUCAUUCAGAGUUUCUGUCAUCAGUCUUUCUGAAAAAAUGAAGCCCGUUGCUCGAAGAGAAAUCAGCUCCACUACAGCAGUUGUCAUUAGACAUUAAAACCUUUCUGAUUUUAACAAAGUUAAAGAUCUAGUUUGUCAGAUUUAGCGGCAUCUAGCAGUGAGGUUAUAGAACUGAAACAUCUCCCAUGUGCCAAGUGUGUAAGAGAACUACAGUGGCUGUGCGAAAACACAAAUGGUUUGGUUUGUCCAUUCUGGGCUACUGUAAAACAACAUAGCAAACUCCUUGGAAGAGGACCCGCUCCACAUGUAGAUAUAAAUGGCUCGUUCUAAGGUAGUAAAACACAGCCAUUCUUACUUUCAAGUGAUUUUCAACUAAAGAAAACAUAGUUGGGAAUGUUAUAUACCACUUCUGUCAACAGAUUCCCCUAAAUUUUACACACUGGACCUUUAAAGGAUUACUUUGUGAGCACAGCGAAAACUUCAGCUCCCAUUGAGACGUACAAGUGUGGCACUGCAGGUUCCUACUGGCAAAACUUGGUUUUGUUUAUACUCAUAAAACUCACCAACACUCUCUUCUAAAAUAAUUUUCCUAACUCUUUAGUUGACUUUGCUGUCAAAAAAAAACCUUUUACAGUAUUUUUCUGCUAAAAAACAGAAAACUCUCAUUAUUAUCUAGACAUAUGAAGCAAGCCGCACCAUCUACCGUGAGUAUGGCUCUGUUCCAAAGCUGGAUUUUUAGUUAUUAGAAUUGUGACAAAUGUCAGUGGGAAUGUAAAACAGUUUUUUUUUUAUUUCUGGAUUCAAAGCCAAAAGUUGUGGUUUAACUUUGGCUCUCUACAACCCCCUGGCCAAUUCAUGGUUUGUUUGUUUUUUAUUUUUGUGUUGAUCAAACAAACAAGACAUAAUGUGUAAAUCUGUGAACAUUAUUCAGACAAGUCCAGGCCAACUGUUUCUCCCUGUUCCUAGUCUUAAUGCUAACCUAAGCUAACCAGCUGCUGGUUGUAGCUUCAUAUUUACAGUACAGAGUAGCAUCAAUCUUCUUAUCAAACUUGACAUCAAAGAAUGAUUGAGCAUUUCCAAAAUCUAUUUUUUUUGCCCUGAAUUCUUGUCAAUUUGUGCUCCUGGCUCUUUUUUAUUUAUAACUUACAGAUCAUUUAAACUGGCCUUAUUUCAUGUUCUGAGCAGUGAAGUUUGUUUGGAGAUGGUUUCAUCCAUCCAGACCUGUGCCGUCGCUGUAUAUAUGCAAAUGAAAAAAAAACAUUGCUUGUCCUCAGUGGCGCGGCGACAGAAGUGGCAGCAGAAUGAGCUCCAAUUGUUCAUUCGUUGUAUAAUGCGAAGGUAAAAAAGCAAAUUGAAGGUCACUACCGUUAAAACAGAGGUGGCUUUAAAAAACCUGAUUAAAACGUCUCGGUCUGGAUGUCUGCGGAACAAAGAUGUGAACUUCAUUAUUCCUCACCAUUUCAAAUGCUCUCAUUAUUUUUGUCUCCGUUUCCUGCUGUGAUCAGUCGAGAUAAUUACUGUCUGUUUUGGAGUUGAGAUUUUAAAGAUUGUCUGACUCCACGUUGAAAACCUCUUCAGUUUGUAGCAUUUUCCCUCCCGACUGUUGUACUUGUUGCCAUUUUCUCAAAUGCCUCAAGUGCUUUCUUACUAUGAACAAUUCAUUUUAUGUUUUCUUUCCCAGUGUGCAUGUCUUACAACUGUUUAUUUGUGUUGUGAAGCACUUUCCUUUUUUCAUUUUCAGGUCAAGUGUCCUUGUGAAAUGUGUAACUUUGGGUGUGUGUUAAGUUACAUAGAAUGUAAUAUAACACUGAGGUUGUUAUAAUGAAAGUUGUUCUUGCUAACACAGCGAACACGCUCCUUUUUAUCGGUGGUAAAGUAACAUCCAAAUGCUGCAUGGAGUAUAGCAGGUUACUGAAAUGUACAUUUUGUUAAAAAAUAAGUAGUGGUUAUAUGUAUUAUUCUGUCAUUUGCUGUCUACAUAUUAGCUAAAAUUAGAGAUAUUGUGAAUGUUCUUAUUUUUACCAACACGUCCUCUAUGUCUUCUGUUCUCUGUGGGGAUUAAAGGAAACCUAAAACCCUGUUAUAUGAUUAAAGUCCUUUCUAAACAAAACAAGCAGCAUCAGAAUGUAAGAAUCCUGCUGAAAUGUGUUCAUGUUAUAUGAAUGGAGGCCGAGCUGAGCUGUCAUCUCAAAUCUGGCGUCUCAUGAGAUUUUUAAAACAUCAGUGAGGGAGCAGAGAUGUGCUGAGUUCAGACAGGUCUCAGGAGUUUCGUUGAGCAAGAGCGUUUUUUAUGUAACCUCUGCAUAAAUAAAGAA